AUGGCGUCGGACGACCGCACGGUCGAUGUGGUGGCCGAGACAGAGCGCGCGCACGCGUUUUGCGGCGACGACGACGACGGCGGCGGCGACGAUGCCUUGGGACGACUGAGACGAGACUUGAGACGCGAGCACGGCGCGAUGUAUGAGAGGAUGCGAUCGAUGUUGGACGAGGACGCGCGCGAGGCGAGGACGAGAAAACGUCUUCGGCGCGCGUUGGUCGAGGAGUUUCCGGAGUUUGAUGCGUACGCGAUCGAUGUGGCGGUGGCGUGGGACGACGCGCGUUGCGCGACGUUGGCGCGCGUUCUCGUCGAGACGCCGACGGCCGAGGUUCCUUUCGGUGACGAGAAGACACCGGUGGUUCGAGCGGCGGAGAAGGGGCUAAAGGAGCGUCUGAAGUUCUUGCACGAGCACGGGUAUGCAUGGGAUGCGGAGACGUGCAUGUACGCCGCUGAGAACGGUCAUUUGGAGUGCUUGAAGUUCGCACACGAGCACGGAUGUGCGUGGGAUGAAAGGACGUGCAUGUACGCCGCCAGGAGCGGGCAGUUGGAGUGUUUGAAGUACGCACACGAGCGCGGGUGUGCGUGGAAUGAAGAGACGUGUGAUUACGCCGCUGGGAACGGUCAUUUGGAGUGUUUGAAGUACGCACACGAGCACGGGUGUGCGUGGGAUGAAGAGACGUGCACGUGGGCCGCCGGACGCGGGCAGUUUGAGUGUUUGAAGUACGCACACGAGCACGGAUGUGCGUGGAAUAAAGAGACGUGCAAGUGCGCCGCCGGGAGCGGCCAUUUGGAGUGCUUGAAGUACGCACACGAGCACGGGUGUGCGUGGAAUGAAGAGACGUGCUCACGGGCUGCCAAUAACGGUCAUUUGGAGUGUUUGAAGUACGCACACGAGCACGGGUGUGCGUGGGAUGAAGUGACGUGUGAUUACGCCGCUGGGAACGGUCAUUUGGAGUGUUUGAAGUACGCACACGAGCACGGGUGUGCGUGGGAUGAAAGGACGUGUGCGUCCGCCGCUGGGAGCGGUCAUUUGGAGUGUUUGAAGUACGCACACGAACAUGGAUGUGCGUGGAAUAAAGAGACGUGCAAGUGCGCCGCCGGGAGCGGCCAUUUGGAGUGCUUGAAGUACGCACACGAGCACGGGUGUGCGUGGAAUGAAGAGACGUGCACGUGGGCCGCCGGACGCGGGCAGUUUGAGUGUUUGAAGUACGCACACGAGCACGGAUGUGCGUGGGAUGAGACGUGCAGCCGCGCCGCCGAAAGUGUACGCCGAGGGAGAGAAAACCGAGUGGAGGAUUGUUGGAACUGUUUAUCGUACGUGAUCGAUCACCAAUGCCCCGGAUACGAGACAUCCAUCACAUUGUUGCGCCUCGAACGCGAUGCGCAAGCCGCUGAGACAAGCUUCAUCGUCAAUCUCGCACUCUCGCAUGCGCGAAACGGCUACAUCCCAGAGCGCGAGUACGCCGAGCCCAAAGCCGAGCUCGAACGCGCGCGCGCAAAAAUAAACAACAUGAUAGCCCAACUCUGGGCAGAUGACUGA